AAGCCCACAACGGGCACCAUGAAGAAGUUCUUUACCUCCUUGAGGAAGGAGGGCGAGGGAAAGUCGCCCUCCAAGGGCAGCGGCAAGUCGCCCUCCAAGGGCAGCCUGUGGAAGGCUGUGGUGGCCCACAGGGACGAGAUUCCUGAGAAGGCCUACACGGAGACCUGUUAUGAGAUCGAUGCGAGAGAGCUAACCGAGUUCCACUGUGCUGUUUGCUUUGAGGAGGCAUCUAAAGUUGAGAACAUCCUGAGGGAAGAUCCAUCAUGGUUGGACAGCAGAGAUUGGUACCGCAGGACUGCUCUACAUUUGGCCUGUGCCACGGGCCGGGCAGAAGUGGUGACACUCCUCAUCAAGAGAAAGUGCAAACUUAACUUGUCUGACAACAAAAAGAGGACAGCUCUGAUGAAGGCCGUCCAGUGCCAGGAGGAGGAGUGUGUAACCAUACUGCUGAAGGCUCUGGCUGAGGUAGAUCGUCAGGAUGCCUAUGGCAACACUGCUCUUCACUAUGCUGUUUCUCAGCAGAAUGUAUCAAUAGCAAAACAACUGCUCUCAUGUGGUGCAUUUAUUGAUCGCCGAAACAAGAGUCACCUCACACCACUUUUACUUGCUGUAAGUCGAAAAGAAGAGGAAAUGGUGAAGUUUUUACUAGCAUUUGGAGCAAACAUAAAUGCAGUUGAUAAGUUGAAAAGAAAUGCUUUCAUGCUGGCGAAAGAGUCUCAGUCAACACGUGUACUCAGUCUUCUUCAGGACCAUGUUGAUAGGAUGGCCUUAGGACAGAAUCUAGAUGACACUUUUGCUAUUGGUUUCAAUAGAAAUAGAAUUCCCCAACAAAUUUCACAAGAUAAAGAAGAAAAGAUUCUGGAAAAUCCUUCUCAAAUUAGCAAUCCAGUAGUGGAUGAGAUUACUGAAGACCCCAUGUUCAGGAUUUCCAUCAAACCGGAUAUUUAUGGAAAACCAGAUACUGACUCAUUUUCUGAACACCUCGAUGUUGAUACCAAGAAUGUUCUGCCACCAGGGGUAAUAAAGCAAAUGACUGCUUAUGGGCGACACAUGAAAACUGUACAAGCCAAAUUUACUGUGAGAACAGAAGAUGGAACAAUGUUUGAAGACAGUAUUUUUAAUGAUCCACCUGUGGUUCCAAGCCUUCCCACAGCAUCAGUCGAUGUGCAGGGCUUUCAUGAUCCGUUCCUGCAACCACCUGGCCCUGGUCUGAAAGCUUCCUUCAAGUCUUCAACUAAGCCAGGUAGUACAGAGGAGGAGACAACAAAGCCAGCAGGUUUAAGAGAGGAAAAUGCUAAGAGGUCCUUGUUAACAUCUAGACCAAAGGAAGAGGAAGCGUCGUCACCUGCGGAUUCGGAUUCUGAGAAUGUUGCACAACCGGGAUUGACGAAGCCAAUGGUGUACCUAAAGAUUUUUAAUCUUCAACGUGGAUAA